AUAUUCCUCGGUAUAUCCUCACAUAUAUAUGCAAGAAAACACCACAGAUCCCGUGAUCUGUAUAUAGUAGUCGGCCUACAUGUAAUAGUACUACAGGGUUUCGUCAUCCAACAUGGUCAAAAGCGGAGAGGACUUUGAUCGUUAUACUUCCCGUCAUGUUAUCGAUAGAAAAUCUCCUCUUUUUCGUUCCUAUAAACUCCGCCGGGGCCGCUCUUGUUUGGAAACGGUGUGAAGACCCUAUAUGACACCACAGUAUGUAUCUUUGAUUUGCCAUUGAAGAUUUCGUUUUGAUAUUUGAUUAGUAAGGGGUUAAAGUUUGAACGAUCGUGAUAGCUGCUAGAUCUCUUCGGUUUACCUUACUGUUGGGCGAUUGAACCGGACUUCAUUUUACAAAGUUCAUCUUACAUGUCUUCAUGUUAAUGGUGCAGUAUACAUGACAGCAGUCGUCGUACACCAUAUUCAGGUGUUGUCUUUCGUACAAAGAGGGGCAAAUAGGUUUUAAUCAUCUCAUCGUUGUAUCGUGGCUCGACUGACCGUUUUGAUGUUUGCAAAGAAAAGACAGAUCGUGGCUAUAAUAAACUAAACACACAAUAUUAUCAGAUAAUGUGGACACUUAGGACCUACAUUCUUUGUAAUUAAUCGGCCCGGGGAGCUGCGAUCGACAGACGAAUUACCUGGCUUAAAGAUUUUGAGACUGAACAAAAAAUCCGCGAUUUCUUAUUCUUUGAUUGUUUGAUUUAACGAGGGCAUUUGGCCAACAUUCAUACCAGUCAAUUGACAUCAUGACGAAAACAGGCUUAUUCUCUGUUCUGUUAAUGUCCUUGAUGUUUUCAGCUGACGUUGGUGAUGGUGCAAAAUUCCUUUUACCGGCAAGCAGUAUGCUCAGCAUGCCGAGCCAUUACAUGGGUCUAACUACUAUUACCCAAGCCUUGGUUAAGAGGGGUCAUGAGGUGGUUCUGCUUAUCAUCGACAAGAAGAGCCUCGAGGGAUUCCGGCCAGAAUCUUACACUUCGAACAUCACCUUCCCUAACUCAAUGUCUGACGAAGAAGUUUCCGAUAUGUACAAGAUUAGAAGGACUGUGAUGUCAGAAUUUAAAAACAGUUCCACUAUGGAAUUAGUGAAUAGCCCAGUUAUGGCUGAAUUCGAUAGAUUGAUGUAUUUCGGUUGUUUUGAGCUCUUUAAAAGCGAUGACACUCUUCGAAAGCUUAAAGAAGAACGUUUUGAUAUGAUGUUCACUUUUCCCGUGACCGAUUUCUGCGACGCCGCACUCGCUGCGUAUCUGGAUGUGCCGUAUAUUCUUCUGUCUGGAACACGGCGCCUCCCGCCUUUCACCGAGGAUAAUGCCGGCAUUCCUAUUCCAAACUCAUACGUUCCUUUUAGUUCGUUCACGCCUUCUCUGACCGACAAAAUGAACUUCUUCGACCGACUUAAAAAUGCGUUCUUCCACUACGGGGUACAUUAUAUCUUCGAAUACUUUUCAGUCUAUCGCCCUCUACGUCAAUUGCAAACUACCUACAACAUUCGCCUUGAUCUUACUCCAUGGCAAAUGGUGAGUAGAGCAGAGCUGUGGUUGUGUCACAACUCCUGGGCCUUGGAAAACCCAAGGCCAAUAGGACCAAACUGGAUCCCAAUACCCGGAUACACCAUACAGGAGCCCAAGCCGCUUCCUGAGGAUCUAGAGACAUUCGUUCAGGGGUCUGGAGAACAUGGAUUCAUCUUAUUCACAUUAGGCUCAAUGACUGCAUCUCUAGGGGCAGACACCUUUAACGACAUGUUCUCGAAAGUUUUCAGUGAACUUCCUCAGAGGGUCAUCUGGAGAUUAGUUGGUCCGUCUCCUCGUUUCCUUGGAAACAACACUCUCAUCCAAGAGUGGUUACCACAGAAUGACCUGCUAGCUCACCCCAAGGCCCGUUUGCUCAUCUACCAUGCCGGCAGUGCUGGUGUUCACGAGGCAAUCAACUACGGUGUUCCGAUGCUACUUCUACCACUCGCUGGAGACCAGGGUGCAAAUGCCAAUCUUGUAGAUAAGAAAGGAAUGGGUAUUUCCCUCGAUCUAAACCAUCUGAAGGAAGACAUAAUCCGAACUGCCAUCCACGAUGUGCUGAAUGAUAAGAGGUAUAAAGACAAUGUUGUAAAGGCGUCUGGUAUCCUUCGAGACCGACUGGCCAGCCCUCUGGACACGGCUAUAUUCUGGAUAGAACACGUGGUCAAGUUCGGUGGAGAUCAUCUUCGUCUUCGUUCUACUGAAAUGGGAUUCAUUGAACUCAACUCCCUCGAUGUAGUCGCAUUUCUAGUCGUUUUAUUACUUACGAUAUUAUACGUUGAUUAUCUUAUUUUACGAGGGUGUUAUCGGUGUCUAUGCAAAAGGGCAAGGAAACAAAAAAGGGACUGAUCGUUAGGCUAGUUGUGGUCGUAACAUUUCGGCAUUCAAUAUAAUUUGCUCCAUUAUGACACAAAGUUUUCCAUUAAAAGUAUUUAAUCGCAUUAUUAUUUCAGAAUAUUUUUUUAUGGAAAAAAAAUUCUUUAAGAACUUUAGGAACUCUCUGUGAUGUAUUCCAUAUCAUUUAUAAUAUGACAAUUAAGCCAAGUGAGAUACAUGAUAAACUCGCCCGGGGGGCACUUCCAUUCACGAGUGGGUACCGUACGCGACCAUGGAGUCUCGAAAGGCACCCUAAACACGUAUUUUCCAAAUUCUGAAAAUGCACCCCUUAACAAGUAUUGGCGUCUGAAACCCUACCCUUG